GCAUCAAAAUGAUUCUCGCAGUUAGGUAAAGUUUGGUACUUGACGAUGGGUUCUUUCAGAACAAUACUCGGCGUUUUGCUUUGGUUUUUACAAAUCGCACAAGGGAGAGGGAGUAAUAUUCUGAUAUACACUUCAUAUGGCGCAGGAAGUCAUUUUAUGUGUGCAGCUCAUAUUGGAAACGAGCUAAAGCGGCGUGGCCACAACGUCACUGUCAUAAUUAGCAAUGCCUAUGAGAAUAGGUCAAAGGAAGAACAGUACAAAGACUUGCAAUUUGAGAUCUUCAAGCACAGUGUGCCGGUUGAAGAAGUGUGGAGGAGGCAUGAACUUAUUACAAAAGGGGUCUUCAAAGGAACUUGGCGUCAAGAGAGCUGGUAUAGGAUGAGUGAAGCUAUCAACGAGUAUAUUGGUGAUUGUGAGGAUUUGUUCAACGACAAGGAACUUCUGCAAAGACUUCGUCAAGCUCAGUUUGAUGUUGCAUUGGUUGAUCCUUAUUUUCCGUGCACGUUGCUUGUAGCUGAGUAUGCUGCCAAAAGACAUGUGUCGAUCAUGGCUACCUCGUUUUCACACCUUGCUAGAUACAAUGGGAACCCUUCAAACGCUGCCUACAUGCCAGAGAUGAGCCUUGGUUUCACAAAUCAGAUGACCUUGAUCCAAAGGGCUAUCAACUGUAUAAUGGUUUUAAUUAAUGAAUGGAUGAGAAGAAUGACCGAUGUCGUUUCAGCCAUCCAGGAUGCCCAUGGAAUCUGCCCGGGGCUUCGUCCCAGUGACCUCUAUCAAAGGUCACAACUGCUCCUUGCCAAUGUUGAUUUCGCCUUUGAGUUUCCGGUUCCAGUGAUGCCUAACCUGAUACCAGUUGGUGGCAUUAUGACGAGACCAGCAGGCAGUCUAACUCAGGACCUGGAAGAAUUCGUCCAGAGUUCAGGGGAUGAUGGAAUCAUCAUCUUCUCUCUCGGGACCUACGUGAUGCAUAUGGAAGAAGAGUUCAUUGUCAAAUUUGCAAAUGCCUUCGCCAGACUUCCGCAGAAGGUGCUCUGGCAGUUCCGUGGAACAGCGCCACCUCUCGUUGACAAGAUACCCAACAUAAAGACCAUGGAAUGGCUUCCUCAGAAUGACCUGCUCGGUCACAAUAAAACACGUGUUCUAAUGUACCAAGGAGGAAACAACGGUCUCUACGAAGCGCUUUAUCAUGCAGUUCCCGUCGUCGUCAUACCCUUGUUCGCUGACCAGUCCGACAUCGCAGCUAGGGUGACGACUCGAGGCAUGGGCCUCUCACUCGAUAUAGUGACCGUAACAUCGGAGAAGAUCGUAGACGCCCUCAAUGCCGUUAUACAUGAUAAGAAAUACAAAGAAACGGUUACAAAGCUGUCGGCGAUAUUCCAUGACCGACCGAUGACACCUCUUGAAACGGCAGUCCACUGGAUCGAACACGUCCUCAAGCACGGUGGCGGCUACAUGCGAUCACCGAUUCAUGACCUAACCUGGUAUCAAUAUUACCUUCUCGAUGUCGUCGCCGUUUUCCUUCUCGUUUUCAUCACAUCAAUUGUUUUUGUGGUGUAUUCAUGUAAACUUACUUUUAAGGGAUGCAAGCGAAUGUUUAUCGGUAGCAAAGCUAAAACUGAAUAAAGACACCUUUUGUCUGUUGGGGGCACUAGCAGUCUGCCCCCCGCCCCCCUGACGAGUCACAACCCAUGCAAAGGACUUAUCCCUGCCCCCCUCCCCCCUGAC